AUGAAGGUGAAAUUCGGGGAGAUGGAUGUGCGAGAAGGGACGGGAGGAGGCUCGGGAGGACUUGGUUACAUUCCAAUUCCACAUUUGUCCGAUGACUUGGACGUUGCCAAGAGCAAAUACCGCAAGAUUUCAGCAGAGGUGCCGUGCGGAGAAUUGAGCCAGGCGGCACUUAGUUCAUCAACUUUCAAGCUCCAUGAACGAGGUGUUGUUUUAGCACGAGGCCAUAUCCCAGGCUACACUAAGGAUGCAGUUGAGAAGCAAGCUGCCUUUGUCCUGAUAUCUUUAAAACAAUCACUGGUUCUGGCAUCUCAAGCUGGUUCGUUCGUGAACCAGGUGGCUGAUCUCCAGGAAGGGCGCUUCUACUCGGGCUACGUCAAGGAAGUUCGAGACUUUGGGGCCUUGAUUUGUGUCGGCAGCUGGAGGCUUGCAGGAGUGGCACACAAGUUUGAGCUCGCCAAUCGCUUUGUCGAAGAUGCCGGCUCUGUCGUGUCUGCCGGCCAAUCCGUCAGGGCCCUUGUGAAGAAUGUGGAUACACAGAAACAUCGCUUCGAAGCAGAUCUGCGACCCACAGCUGUCACUGACAAAACACUCUUGGAGAGAGAGGCAGAGGCGCUUCGCCUGUCUUUGACAGAGAGAAACUUGGAGGAAAUCUUUCCGAAAGGAAAAAGCGGAAAGACUCUUCUGCCGGGGUCUAUGGUCCAUGCAGAAGUGACAAAGAUCGAAGCCUAUGGUUUAGUUCUGUCCGUCAAGGGCAUCACUGCAGUCGCUUUGAAAGAAAACAUGCCCAUGAAAGAACUGAAGGGCAUGACCGUCGGAAAGUCAUUGAGAUGUACGAUUUUAGAUUUUAAUGCCGAAACGGGCAUUCUUGACGUCUCUUUACAGCCUGAGCUUCUCGAGAAGCAUGGCAAGCCACAGAAGGGAAUGGAACUCUCUGUCCUUCCUGCCUUAUCGAAGAAGUCAUAUGUGAUUUGUUGGAGUCCCAAGCCUGCCGCGGUCCUCUUUGCGCCACCCUAUACACCAAGCACCUGGAAGGUUCCAUUGAAGACGCUUCUGCACAGUUUGCAAGUCUUGUGCGCGGCCCCUGUGAAUUUGCAGGGCCAUGUGCAUGCCACUCAGCUCGUGGAUGUGGGCGAGCCGGGCUCGGAAUGCCACCCAGCCAUGCCUUUGCAGAACUUUGGUCGCCCGACGAAGGAUGCUGGCAUCAUUGAGGCGCGCAUUCUCCGAAUGAAGCAGAGGUCGCAGAAGAAGGUGAAGAUUUGGCACUUAGAGUUGACCUGCCGUCCCUCCCUACAACUGAAAGACAAUAUUGAUUCCUAUGAAAAGGCCUUGAUCCGAUGGUCCACGUUGAAGCCGGGCAUGGUCGUCGCGGCGGCGGUUCUGUCGGUACAGAAGAAGCUCCUGUGGAUGGAAGUCGCUCCGGGCAUCCGCGGCCGCGUCGGAGUCCUGGACUGCUCCGCGGACCUCGCCGUCUUGCAGUCUCUCUCCGAGCACUUUCAGGUGGGUCAGGUCCUUUCAGCUCGAGUGCUCCACGUCAAGAGUUCGCAAAAGGAACUCGACCUCUCCUUACUGCCAAGUGAGAGUGAAGAAAGCGGACGGAUUUGCGUUGGGCGGCUGAAUAAACUGAACGAGACGAAUGCGUCCGCGGCUUCGGCCACCGUGCAGUUGCCGGGCAGACGUUGGGGUUCGGUGCACAUGACGGAACUCUUCGACGUUUGGGCCAAGCAGCCGACGAAUCGCUUGAAAGUGGGAUCCCUUGUUCCCGUGAAACUCCUGUCGACUCCAGACGACUCCGAGCCGAACGAGUCGAAAAAGAGUCUACAAAGUAAGCGGUGUGAGGUGAGUUUACGAUGGAGCCAAGUGCAAGGCACCAAAGAAGCUGAAGAGGAGCAACGGUUCUUUUCGGUCAAGGAGUUGAAGGAGUCAGGCGCCAAGAAAGUCUCAGGCUAUGUUUCUUCCUCCGGGCCGUUUGGCGUUUUUGUGGCUUUGAGCCGAACUCUGACCGGGCGGAUCAAACUGAAAGCUUUGAGCGAAACACAUGUCAUGAAAGAGGCCGUGGCAAAGUUGUAUCCACCAGGCUUGCUCCUUCGUGAUAUCACAGUGGUUGAAUUGAAUGAAGAAACAGACCAAGUAGAGUUGUCUUUAAGAGAUUCAACAGGAAACACGCUUACUGCUGAGCAGCUUUCAGUUGGAGACAUCGUCUCAGGGAAGGUGAAAGCGGUUGAGUCCUUUGGUCUCUUUGUUCGUUUGGAGAAUUCUACCAUUGAUGCCUUCGUGCACAAGUCUGAAAUUUCAGACUCAGCUUCAACGGCAGUGACUUCAUACAAAGUCGGCACCAAAGUUGCUGGCAAAAUCGUGAAGAUUGAUGGCCACAAAGUCGGGCUUACGAUCAAACCAUCUGAAAUGGAGGGUGUGGAGGAUGCAUCUGACUCGGAUUUGCAAGAGUUCCUUACAAAGUCGGGCACCAAAAGGAAGGUUGAGAAAGUCGAAAAACAGAAACAGCUCAAGAAGGCAAAGAAAACAAGGAAUGCGAAGCAAAGCGCAGCUUGA